AUGGGUUUUUGGAAGUUUCCACCCUUCUUGGCUCUCAGCAUCUUGGUGCUAAUCCAGGUGGGCUUCCUCCAGGCAGCACCUAUCAGAGCUGCCUUGGAGAGCCGCCCAUACCCGGCUUCUCUCCCUGAGGAGGACCGUCGCCUCUUACUGAUUGAACUGGUGAAAGCCUACAUGCAGAUGAAGGCCAGUGAGCUGGAGCAGGAGAGAGAGACUAGGGACUCCAGCCUGGACGUCCCCAAAGCUAAGCGGUGCAGUAGUCUGAGUACCUGUGUGCUGGGCGCGUACACGCAGGACCUCAACAAGUAUCACACGUUCCCUCAGACUGCAGUUGGGGUCGGAGCACCUGGCAAGAAGAGGGUCAUGGCUGUCGGCUUGAAGCGGGACCACGGCCCUCAUGUUGGCAUGCCCUGGGACGCCUAG